AUGGAGGAACGUGGGUCUCCUGACGGAGACCCAGCAUGGAGCCUGGAACAAGGGCCAGAAGGAUCAGAAACCCCCAUUCAAGUGGUGCUCAGGGUGCGUCCCAUGAGCACAAUGGAGCUGCGUAGAGGGGAGCAGAGUGCACUGCACUGCUCGGGGACCAGGACUCUGCAGGUGAGCCCUCCGGGUGGAGGCUCCGACCUGGCGUUCCGCUUUGGCGCUGUGCUGGACGGGGCGCGCACACAGGAGGACGUGUUCAGAGCUUGCGGUGUGAAACGCCUGGGCGAGCUGGCGCUGCGCGGUUUGUCCUGCACGGUCUUCACUUUUGGCCAGACAGGUUCUGGGAAGACCUACACUCUGACUGGACCUCCACCACAGGGGGAAGGGGUGCCCGUGCCCCCCCACCUGGCUGGCAUCAUGCAGAGGACCUUCACCUGGAUAUUAGAUCGCGCGCGGCACCUGGAUUCCCCUGUCACCCUCCGAGCCUCCUACCUGGAGAUCUACAAUGAGCAGGUUUGGGACUUGCUGAGUCUGGGGUCUCCGCGGCCUCUGCCUGUGAGGUGGACCAAGGCACGAGGCUUCUAUGUGGAGCAGCUUCGGGUGGUGGAGUUUGACAGUCUAGAGGCUUUGAUGGAGCUCCUGCAGAUGGGUCUCAGCCGUCGUCGGAGCUCCUCACAUACCUUGAACCAGGCCUCCAGCAGAAGCCAUGCCCUGUUUACACUUCACAUCAGCCGACCGACUUCUCAGCAGGUACCUCCUGUGGACCCUGGGGAUCCCCCUGUCGGAGGAAAGCUGUGCUUCGUGGACCUUGCAGGCAGUGAGAAGGUAGCAGCCACAGGAUCCCGAGGGCAGCUGAUGCUUGAGGCCAAUAACAUUAACCGCAGCCUACUGGCAUUGGGCCACUGCAUCUCCCUGCUGUUGGACCCACAGAAGAAGCAGAGCCACAUUCCCUUCCGGGACAGCAAGCUCACCAAGUUGCUGGCAGACUCACUUGGGGGCCAUGGAGUCACACUCAUGGUUGCCUGCGUGUCCCCUUCAACACAAUGCCUUCCCGAGACUCUCAGCACUCUGCGAUAUGCAAGCCGAGCUCAGCGGAUCACCACCCGGCCACAGGGUCCCAAGUCCCCUGGAGUAAAGCCUCCCCAGCGAGUCGAGGCUGAGUUACUGCAGCUCCAAGAGGAGAAUCGUCACCUGCGGCUCCAGCUGGAUCGAAUGCACACUGGGGCACCAGGAGCCCAUGGAGCCCGGGCUGCCUGGGCCCAGAGGAACCUCUAUGGGAUGCUGCAGGAGUUUAUGCUGGAGAAUGAGAGGCUCAGCAAGGAAAUGAGACAGCUGCGGAGUAGCCGGGACCUGGCCCAGGCAGAGCAGCGUGUCCUGGCCCGGCAGGUCCAUGAACUGGAGAGAUGCCUCCUUUUGGCGUGCUCCCUUCCCCAGCAGAGCUCUACCCCCGUGUGUCCCUGCAGGGUGGUUCCAGCUGCCUCCUGCCAUGCACUGCCACCCCUCUGCUCCUGCUGUCACCUCUGUUCUCUGUGCCGUGUGUCCUUGGCCCACUGGGCCUGCCCACAGAGGGAGUGCCACGUGCCACAGCAGGUGCUGGACCCCGAGGCCCCUGGUCACAUGUCUCCAUCUGUGCGGCCCCCACCCUGGGCACCUCCACCAAGCUCAGGCUCUGCCAAGCCCUCGAGAGAGAGAAGCCAUAGCAACUGGACCCAGACACCAGUCCUGGCAGAGAUGCUGAUGGGAGAGGAAGUGGUACCCUCUGCACCCCCCCUGCCUGCAGGGCCCUCAAACAUGCCACAUGUGCUAAGAGGUGAAAAUUGGGGGAAGACUGGGAUCCCAAACCUGACCCCGAGGCUGGAAACCCUCACACACCAGAUCAGCAGCUCCCUGAUCCUCGGCCAGAGACAACCACAGCCCAGCGAGGACACACAGAGCCCGGGCCAAGGCCCCUCUUCCUGUUAAAGAUUGCCAGACUGACUGUGCCCACUGGGCCUCCAUCUCUCCAUCUGUGAACUGGAAAGAACUGUUGUUGGGCAGAGGUGGGGAAUCCUAAGGAGG